UUUCAAUUUCCUUCGCUUGUUGCGCACUUUUUUGAGACUUGUUUAAAUUCGCCAGUCCAUCUUAUUUCUGGUUUUGAUAAUUAGGUUCCCCUAAUUUGUCAAGUUACUGUGACAAAGUUUCAUGCUUGUUUUGUCCACACAUCUGGACGAUCAGUUGUUUUCAUUGCGGUUACUUUAUUAUUAUAGUGUUUCGAUGAUUACGUGUGAAUGUAUGUGUUAAAAGAGUGACAUUCCAUCCAGUGGAAAGUGAUCUACGAUGUUUUACGUGUAUCCUGAUUGUGCAGCAGCAGCAGGUGCUUCCCGCCCGCCGCGAGUGUGCCAGUGCGAACGCGAAAUUCGGCUCGACUCGCCUGCGCCCAGGACUGUGAUAGCUGUAGUUGCUCAGGGGACGGCGCUGCGUGUGCGGCGAAGCUCCAUGUUGCUGCGUGCGGUGCUCCUCGUCGGCCUGCUGGCCUGCAGCGGGGUGUACCUGGGCUUCGACAAGCCCUUCUACGGCAUCGUGUUCAGCAAGGGCCACUACAGCAACGUGAACUGCGUGCACCUGCCGGCGGGGCUGGGCCGCACGUCGGCCAACUUCGAGAUCAGCAUCCACGCGUGCGGCACGGCCGGCAACACGGAGAACGGGCUGUACGGCUACGGCGCCGACUCGGGCUCGGGCACCUACUUCGAGAACAUCAUCGUGGUGCAGUACGACCCGCAGGUGCAGGAGGUGUGGGACCAGGCGCGCAAGCUGCGCUGCACGUGGCACGACCAAUACGAGAAGUCCGUCACCUUCCGCCCGUUCCCCGUCGACAUGCUGGACGUGGUGCGCGCCGACUUCGCCGGCGACAACGUGGGCUGCUGGAUGCAGAUCCAGAAAACAGCUUCAAUUUUGUUCUAA